AUGGCGCGGCAGCAGCUCCCCCCGCGGGACAACAUCUGGAACCUGCUGAACUACAAUGCGCCCCCGCGCGCGCAGCUCCUCCCGCCCGUCGACCAGCGCGACGAGCGCCUCUCGCGCUCCUCCUCGCUCCUUGACGCGCGGGCCCUGCAGCCCCGCGGCGCCGCGCUGAACCCCGCGCGGCCCCAGCUCGGCGCCGCCCGCGACUUCCUCGAACCCCUCAUCUCCCCGCACGCCUCGGGCGAGCUGCCGCGGUACGACCGGGCGGGCAACGCACGGGCCCUCGCGCCUGUGCAACCCCGCAGAGCCUUCGAGCCCCCGGACGCGGUCGCGGGGAACUCGAAGGCGCACCUCCUCGCGCCCCCCGCGGGCGCCGGGCCGUCCGGGAGCGCGGACGCGGUCAUCGAGGGAGGGCUGCGCGUGCUGGCGUCGCGGCUCGCGGCAAUGGAGGGGCGCGUGUCGCGCGCCGAGGCGGCGGAGCGGACGCAGCAGGCGAUGGAGGCGCGGCUGGUGCAGCUCGAGCGGAGGGCGGAGGGCGCGGAGGGCGCGGCGCAGGGCGCGGCGUGGCUCGCGACGGAGGAGGGGCGGCGGCUGGAGGGGCGCGUGAGCGAAGCGCUGUCGGCGACGGCGCGUUACCGGCAGGAGGUGCAGGACAUGCGGGCGAAGCAGGACGCCCUGGUCCGGGAGCUCGAGGGCUCCCGCGCGACCGUCGCGCGCCUCGAGGCGCUCCUCGAGGACUCCGCGGUCCGGCAGCAGCUCGAGGUCCGCGCGUCGAAGGACGGCGACGUCCGGCGGUUCGCCCGGUCGGAGGCCGCCGUGCAGGAGCUGUGGCGGGCGCUGGAAACGGCGCGCGCGGACGCCGAGACGCACCGCGCGGAGACGGCGCGCGCGAUCACCGCGAUGGCCUCGCGCGUGGGGAUGUCGGAGCAGGACGUGCAGCGCACGCGGGAGGUGGGCGACGAGGCGUUGCAGGCGACGGCGGGGCAGGUGGGGCGGCUCCGCGGGGAGGUUGCGCGCGUCGAGGGGCUGGCGCAGCGGCUCCGCGGCGAGGCGGGCGACGCGACGGAGGCGCUGCGGGUCGAGGUGGAGCGGGUGCGUGCGUGGGUGGGGCGCGUGGAGACGGCGGUGGGGCACGGGCUGGCGCGGGUGGACGCGAGGGCGGCGUCGCGGGUGGACGACCGCGUGCAGGCGCUGGAGCGCGUGGUCGGCGAGGCGCUCGAGGAGGCGCGCGCGGCGAAGCCCGCUGCGGCGAAGGAGGCGCGUGAGAGGGUGGAAGGUUUGGCGCGGGCGGUGAUGCAGGACCGCGACGCGUUGCUGGAGCGGGCGCGCGCGCUGGAGGCGCGCGUGGACGCGCAGGGCAACGCGCAGCGCGAGGCGGCGGCGCAGAUGCAAGCCCGGCUCGAGCGCGGCGACGCCGACACGCUGCGGGUGUUGGCCGAGUUCAAGAGCUUGCACGACGCGACGGACGCGAAGACGAAGCGAACGCUCGAGGACGGGCUCGGGCGCGCGCGCGCGAUGGCGCGGGACCUCGAGGAGGCGUACGAGCGCCGCGCGCAGGGGCUGGAGGAGGUGUUGAAGAUGGAAAUAAGGGCGCGGAAGGAGGGGGAGUCUCGCGGGGAGCGGGCGGCGCGGGCGCUGGGGAAGGCGAUCGAGCGGGCGGGGGCGCGGUGGGAGGAGAAGCUCGAGGAGGCGACGGUCGAUCACAUGCUGGAAGAGGCGGUGAUCCGCACGGAGGUCGAGGAGCUGGUGGGCGACGAGGGCGCGUUCGCCGAGCGCGCGCGCGCCGCGCAGACGCAGCUUGCCGCGGCGCUGGCUGCGGCGGCGGACAGGGCGGACGUGGCGGCCGCGCGCACGGACGCGGUCAUCCAGCGCGUCGAGCAGCUCGAGGGCGACGUCGCGGAAGCCGUCGGGCGCGCAGAGGCGCUCACAGCGGCGGCGACCGCCGCGGCGACGCGUGCGCGCGCCACCGGGCCCGCGACGGCAGCCGGCGUCGCUGCGACGGGCGCGGCGACGCUCGCCGGCGGCGAGGCGUGGGCGGCAGCGCAGCGCCGCGUCUGGACGGAGGUACAGUCGCUGCGAAGCGACCUCGAGUCCCUGCGCGGGGAGAUGCAGCACGAGACGUCGUCGUUGUCGACGGCCGUGGUCGACUCGCAGGACCUGAUGCUCCGCGAGAUGCGCGUGGUCGAGGAGUCCUGCGCGCGGCUACAGGACGAGGCCGCGCGCGAGGCGUCGCGCGUCUCGCACGAGCUGCGCAGGGAGCUGUUGCGGACGAUGGCGGACGCAGCUUCCAGGGAGUCCACGGAGCGGGCGGCGCUGCAGGCGCGGCUGGACCAGGACGUGUACGAGCUACGGCAGGACGUCGACACGAUUCGGUCGGAGGCGCGGACGAUGGCGGACCGGGCGGCGCGGGCGGGAACCGACGCCGCGGCGGAGGCGCAGCGCAGGGGCGCGGACGCGCUCGCGGAGAUGGCGGACGCGGUGGACGAGUCGCACCGCGCGCUGGAGUCCGCGCUGCGGUCGACGGAGAUGGAGCAGGCCCGGCAGCGGUCGGCGGUGCGUGCGCUGCAGGGCGACGUGCGCUCGGUGCGCGCGACGCUGAGCGAGGCCCUGACGGACGCGCUGGGGCGGCAGGCCGAGGCCAUGGGCACGACGGACAACGUGAUCACGGAGAGCAUGCGCACGCUCGCGGACGAGCUCCGGCAGAUGUGCGACUCGGUUGACGCGUCCAUGACGGAGCAGGUGUCGUAUCUGGAGCGCCGGCUCGCGACGGUGGAGUCGCGCGUGCCCGGCGCCGGGCGGUUCCAUGCGGCCGCGGCCGCGGCGGCCGGCGGGGACGCCGUGCAGGGCGGCGGCUCCGCGCCGGACGGGUACGCCGACAGCGGCUACAACGACGCGCCGCUGACGGACUCGUGGAUGUCGCCGCUCGGGCGGCAGCUCGACGUCGUGGAGGAGAACAGCGGGGAGGGCGAGGACCCCGGGGACUCGUCGCGGGACCUCGACUACAAGGGGGAUGUCAGCAUCACGCCCCAGGGGGGUCCCUGGCCGCACGACACCGGCGAGAGCGGCACGUACGCCGACGCGGGGGUGUACUACGGCGACGACACCGGCGCCGACGAGCCCGCGGACGGCGACGAGGGCGGCGUUGCGUUCUACGACUCGUCGCACGUGGAUCCCGUCGCCGCGCACGAAUGGCACUCCUCGAUGCGGGACGACUCCGAGGCGGAGGCCGCGGAGGCCGAGGCGGCGCGCAUCGCGAAGGAGGCGCGCGAGGCCGAGGCGGCGCAGGCGCGCGGCGACGAGGAGGGGGUGUUUCCGGGGGAUGUCUCGGUGGGCACCGCGGACAGCUCCCGGCGCGGCAUGGCGGUGGAUGCGGUCCUGGACGCGACGCUCAACGACGUGGCCGCGACCUUCGAGGAGCUCUCGGGGCACAGCGCGGACGUCGCCGGCGCCAGCCCCCCCGCCACCGGCGACGGGGACGCGCACGGCGGCAACGUCGACGACGAGGAGGAUCUGGUGCCCCCGUGGGAGCGAGACUCGCCGCCGCUGCUCCCCGAGACCCCGCGCGAGGUCGCGCACGACCGCGAGAUGCCUACGGACCACGGCGCGCCGGACGACGGCGUCGAGGCCGGCGACGCGGUACAGAGGGCGCCGUCGGCGGAGGCGGAGCGUCUGCGGCGGCUCGAGAUGAUCGGCCUGCUGCCGCCGGUGUCCGAGGGCACGCGCGAGGGCGCGGCGACGAGCAGGGCGGAGCAGAGCAGUCGCGUCACGGAGGACGCGCCGGACCUGGUCCAUGCGGCCGCGGCGGGGGGCGACGGGUCGCCGGCGGAGGCUCCGGGGGCGCGCGGGGCGCUGACGUGGGCGGAGGACGUGGCUGGGGAGGCGUCGGGCGCCGAGGGGGCAGGUUUGCGGCAAUCGCUGCGCGACACGCAGGGCACGGCGUACGAGGACGACUUCGAGGACGGCUUCGAGGGCGACGACGAGGAGGUGCGUGCGGAGGAGCGGGCGGGCGAGGAUCGCGACGCGGGGGCCGCGGCGCCCCCAGGGGGGCAGUGA